UAAAUGACCUCUGCGAUGGCACGGUGCUCGAAGCACUGAGGCUUGAAUAUCUUGAGGUGGUUUUCUGGCUGCUUAUUUGGCAUCGAGAGGUGCUGUUUUUGAUAGUAAGCUAUACUUUGCUUUCAAAAGUGAUGCCGCAGAAUUAACAAAUGACUUAGAUGUGUUAAAGUCACUUCAUUGUCAUGACAUUAGCUGGCCUACACUCCUCAUCCACCUUCAAAUAAGCGGAAGAAGACAAUUACAACAUUAGAAGGAGGAGUCGAGAACGUUAUUGAAAAUGGGCACUAUAUCAAACAUAACAGGAAAGGCGAGUGGCCUCUGGGCAAAAAACAAAUAUUAUAUCAUCGCUGGCUUAGUGGGAGCUUUUAUCAUUUUCAUCAUUUGCUGCUGUUGUAUCUGCAAGAGAAAAAUGAAAAAGAAGAAGAAAAAGGAUCAUGAAAAAGUUAAACUAAAAACUGCUAAACCAGGAAAAAAACUGCAAAGAAUACAACCUUGCAAGAUCGAAAAGAAAGCUAUGGAAGAACUUGGCUCUUUGAAGUUUAUACUUCGCUACGAUACAAUCAGUGAAAUGCUAAUGGUCACGGUUAUGGAAGCUGAAGAUAUUCCAGUUAGAGAUUUGAGUGGCUACGCUUAUUCAUUCGUUGUUGCAAAAGUCAUGAAUUUGCACAAAAGUCUGCAAGUUGAUUACAAAACUAAGUUGGUUCGUGCAGGCUUCUGGCCAACGUUUAAUGACACAAUUGAAAUAAAAGUGGAAAGUCAUGAGUUAGAGGGACAGACCUUGAACCUUUAUUUGUAUGAAAUGAAUAGAUGGACGAAGCAAGAUGGCAUCGGACAAGUCUGUAUUGCUUUGUCUGGCCUAGGACUGCUCCUUGGAAAGGAGCACGUGAUCAAAAGAAAACUGAAACCGUAUGACCCAUUGGCGGAUUAUGAUGUUGAAACUGCCUCUGUUCAGCUUGUUCUUGAUUACGAUUCUGAAGACUGGUCAUUAAUUGCCGAGGUUGUGCGAGCUGAUAUUAUCCCAAUCGAUGAAAGCAAGGAAAAAGAAGAUUCGUAUGUGACCCUGUCAUUACUGAACAAGGACAGCGAGCUUGUGCAAAAAUUGAAGACCAAAACAAAGAAGGGAACACUGUUGCCUGAAUACUGCGAAGAACUCACGUUUCAAAUAUCAGACAGUGUCCUGCCAGAUGCCAGCUUGAAGAUUAAACUCAAGUCAAAGAGACUGUUGAAAGUAAGCAAAAACCCAGUCAUAGGUGAAACUGUGAUUCGCUCAGACUCGGAGCACUGGGAUCGACUUUGUAAAACUGGUCACGUGCAAGGUUGGUUUCCAGUCUUCAAACCCUCAAAAUGAAGUGAUAGAUUGAUAGUUGCUUUAUACUUGGAUUUUUUGUGCAUAUUUAUUUAAGCAUAUUUUUGUAACAAUAGUAUUUGCAGUCUUGAAUUACAUUUUGGCUUUGAUAUUGCAGCCCAGAAGUAAGGUUUGGCUGCUUGAGCCUUACCUACGUUGUGGAGGUCGCUAGAUGAGACGGUCUCAGCAACAUCAGUUCGUGUCAAUACUUCUGUCUUGCGUUUUUUAUAAAAGCUCAGUAUUAGGACACCUCAAGGCUUAUCCGCCUGGCUCAGAAAUUUUGGAAGCGUUUCCUUUUGCAACUCUGUGAAAAAUGGUUUCGUAUUUUGCAGUUAAUAAGCAACUGACAAUACCCAUAGAUUGUAACAUUUCCUUUAAUUUCAAUGCAUGUGAUUUCAAUUUGUUUUUUCGAGGCUCAUUGAACCACAUUCAACAACGUUUAAUUUGCUGCACUCAGUACUUUUUAGGUUUCCAAAAUUUUAAAAAUUUUUAGAGUAAGUAAGUACUCUAAUCUACAGAGUCUUUUUCCCGGGUGUUCCUUAUAAAACUUAAUCAUCUUUGCCACCAAGCAGACGCUUGUUUUUUCAUUUACACAUCAAAGUCAAAGUUUUGGGUUUUGUUUUUAAUCUCUAACCGCAUUUCCUCUAAUGCUCUACGGGUCUCAAAUAGGCGCUUCCUUUUUAUAAACGCCCCCAAUUUCCACUCAAAAAUGGAAAUAAACGCUCCUUUCAGUUAGCGCUACCGACAACAGAAGGAUGAUAUAUUAAAAAGAAUUGCAAAAUAUGCAGGAAAGAGGACGUACAAAAACUGUCAGGUUCAUUCUUCAUUAUUGUAUCACACAAUUUUAAUCCAUUCGCAUUAACCGAAUCUGUCGAAGAAAAAAUAUUGGAAGAAUUUCAUUGUAGAAGAAUUUCAGGAAGAUAUGGAUAGUUAGAUUUCAUUGUUAUAUGUAGUCUUCUGUUUUGAUCAUUUGUUUGUAUGUAUACCCAAGAAGUUUGUUUAUCUGUUGUUAUAAGGCAAACAUUUGGUGCUGAAUUUGGUGCCUCUCUAAUAAACGCCGUGUCAAAUUGAUUUAAAGUAAAAGAAAACGCCGGGGUGGCUAUUAGAGGAAAUACAGUUCACAUCAUUUUGUAGAAGUCAUACUUUUGGAAGUAAUUAGAAACAAUAAUUCUCCUUUUUAAGAAUUUUUGAUAAUUUUACUACAUUCAAAUGUUUAGUAAAUCUUAUUUGCUACUCAAUAAAAUGAUAGUAAGUUUAUAGAUUUGAUCGAUAAUUGCCUAACUCA